AUGCAAGGAGACAAGAGGCUCCCUCUCCUGGUGGACCCUGAGCUGGAUCCGAUACAGGCACACAGAGGUGACUUGACUUUUCCCGCUAGCAAGAGGCAAGGACUUGACCUGAGAUCUGACUCCAAGGCGACGGUUCUCGCCAUGCUGGGGGCUCUGUACCCCAGGGCUGGGCUCAGCCUCUUCCUCCUCUACCUCAUCCUGGCAGCCGCACUCCGCCCCCAGCCCCUGAGGUCUCAGCGAUCUGUUCCUGAGGAAUUCUCGGCCCCCCUGGAAGUCUCACAGCCACUGUCGGGACUGGUGGACGACUAUGGGGUCCGGCCCAAGCACCCGUGGCCACGAGGGCCCCGGCCCCUCCUCUCCCGGGCCCAGCAGCGCAAGCGGGACGGGCCAGACAUGGCCGAGUAUUACUACGACGCACACCUGUGAUGCGAACCCCCCCAUAAAACUGUUCUGUGCAGCAGGGGCUUGGCUUUCCUGGGGCAGAAGCGACACGGGCAUGGGAGGGGUCUGUGUAGGUACAUCCACUGCAGUCCAGACAGGAAAUGGCACUUUAAUAGUUGGGGCCAGGGUGACAGGACCAAGAUGGGGCUGGCCCGGGCCAGUCAGGAAGCCCCCUUUCCCUGCCGGGGCAGGGGCCUGCUGCGGCUUCUUCCCCGCUGAGGUCCUGAGCCUGCCACGGGCCAGCAUGCCAUGAGGUUGGUGGAAGCCAUCUGGAGGCCCCACAAAUGACAGAGCUGAGAACAGGGACAUCACCUCCACCUGCUGCCAUUUCCUUCCUGGAAAGUCCUUGGGACGUGGCUGGGCCCAGCCCGAGCUCAGAGCUCUUCCGUGGGGGUUAGGGGCCAGGGGAAGCUGGGCACUUGCAGGUGGCAUGGGCCUCCUCGCGGCAAGGUGGCCAAGAGCCAGACAGCCAGGCCCCUGGCAGGGGAAGGAAGGCCCGGGAUGGGGCAGAGCUCUCUGCUCUCAGAGUGGACAUCCUUGGCUGAGGCCUGGUGCCCCACCAGCCCCGUCCCUCCCAACCCCUGCCCAGGCAGCCCGCUCUGUCCUCUACAGAUAAUCUAACCCCAUAUAUUACAAUAAACUGCAUCUGCCUCUCCCCAUAACCCCACCCUCCCCACAUGGGGCCAACAGCCCCAACUUCCCCGUCCUCUGGGUCCUCUGGUGGUGGUGGUGGGUGCCACGUCCUGUCCGUGGCCAGCUGUCCUGGCUCUGGCCCGAGGGCCUGGGGGAUGCAGAGGGCGGGGCUGCGCCGCUACUCCAGGUAGAUGUCUUCUGUGGGGCAGGUGUACUCCACGAACUGCUUGUAGAACUGCUGGAACGCUCUCCUAGAAGGCAGGGGACGCAAGAUGACCUGGGCAGCCGCUGGCAAGGGAGGAACAGGAUCUCAACCCAGGGUUUUCAAAUUGGGGCCGUGGGUGGGGCCCUGGUUCCACUGCUGGAGCCCCUCGGCUCUGUUCCCCAUGGAAGUGUGUUUCCAGAGGAAGAUGUCAGUGACCAAGCUCACAAGCCACUCCCCGGGGCCACCUGGACCUCCCUCCAGACCUCUGCACUGGGGUUUGGGGACGGGUUUCCAGAACUGCGGGGAGGACUGAGGGACGCCGCUGAGCAUGAGGGAGAAGCGCCAGGGCCCGGGUGGGCCUGGCCCCGGGCUGGGCACUCGGCAGGACACAGGCGUACGUACCCCACGGAUUCUGCCAGGGCUUUGGUGGAGUCCUCAGACACAAAGACGUGGCAGGCAAACCGGUGGUCGGCGGGGUGCUUGGUGAUGAACCCAAAGUACCUGUGGGAGGACAGGUCUGUGGUGGGCCGGAGGUUCGGACCCACUCUCCCCGCAGCGGCUCUGGACCACCACUUUCCUCCAGCUCUGUGCCACCCCACUUACUUGUUGUUCUUUGGGUGGUAUCCACAGAAAGAGAUGUUUUUUAACUGGAAAAAGUGGCUACAUUUAUUCUCCUACAGAGAAGAGAAGCAAGAGGGUGGUCACCCAGCCCACAGGGGUGUGGGGUGCAGAAGCUGAACACCUCAUGGCACAUGUCCGGGGAGCACUGGGGGCUGGGGGUUGGGGGAAGUCACCUUGGCCUCCUGUGAGUCAUCGGCCUUGACACCUAUCUUCACGCCCCGCACGCUGAUCUCCAGGACGCAGCUGGAGGGUGGGUUAAAGUGCACGGUGAGCCGGCGGGUGGUGGCAAUCUGUGAGGGAUGGGGACACAUCAGGGGCUGUCUGAUCACUCUUCUGCCGACCACUCCUGUCCCAGGGCCUGGUCCCCCCCUGAGGCCUCUACUGCCUCGAGACGCCAGUGUCCGUCUCCCCAGGAGGCGAGAUGAUGGAUGUACUGGGCUGAGGGCAGGCACGCAUCCAAGGGGGCACAGGCAGCGGGAUCCAGGUACCUUUUGCAUAGCAGCACAGAGGACGUCAUUGCCCUUGUGAUAGGGAACCUGGACUGAGCCCAGGAACUUCACCCGGAACUGGUCCACCCAGUCGCUGUUUUUGGCCAGGGCUGGAAAGCAAGUGUGACAUGAGGAGGGGCAGAGCCCGCGGGAGUGGGCCCGGUGGCCACGUGAAGGAGGGUGGUGAGGCACGUAGAAUGACAGAGCCAGCAGAGGGUGCCAUAGUCCCCAGACAUCCCAACUUGACUGGGCCUCGCUUUUCUGAAUUGUGAAAAGGAUCUAAAAUCACCUCCACCUGGUCCCCUCCCUGGCUGGCCAAGAUCUGCAGCACAUGUUCACCUGGCGGCAAGUCAGGGCAGGCAGAUGUGGGGCUGGAACGCUACCUGCCAUGUGCUCAGGCUCCUUGGUGACCUCGAUGGCAUAGUAGGCAGGAAAGACGCCGCGGGCACCGGUGCGCAUGUUGUAGGCCUCGUACCAGUAAUCUUCAGCCUGUAGCUCCACCAGCAGAGGGUCAUCCACUUCCAGCUCAAGUUCAUCUUCAUGUCGAGGCACAAACCUGUCCCCAACAAGGGCAUGUGAGAAAUUCCUCCCCAAGGCCUCUCCAGCCCGGCCCGCUCUGGGGUCCGACAGCCACAGCAGCAUGGUUAGUUCAAUAAACAUUUGCAAAAGCAUCCUGUGUCUGUCAUGAUGCUAGCUCCUGGGGGAGACCAGGGUCAAUCAGACAUGCAUUUGCCAUGGAGGAAAUCACAGGGAGGGAAGAAGAGGUGAGCAGAGUGCCUGCUAAA